CAACUAUCUGCACCAUUUUAUCCCUAAUAACCUCAAUACAUAUCCCAGAUCCUCAACAAUGUCCGCCCAGACAGCCCUAACCCACUACAUAGAUGUCAAAGGCACAACCCUUGCCUACCGCCGCUUCGGCACACCCUCACCCUUCCCUCUACUCUGGAUAACCCACUUCCGCGGGACAAUGGAUCUCAUCGACACCCUCCUCCUCAACAGCAUCGCAUCUACGCGUUCCCUAAUUCUCCUCGACAACUCCGGCUGCGGCCACAGUUCCGGCACCAUCCAGCCCACCAUCGGCGGCGCCGCCGCCACAAUCGCUGAUUUCCUCUCCGCCAUCAACGUUAGCAAAGUAGACGUCCUAGGUUUCUCCAUGGGAGGCUUCACAGCUCAAGUCCUUACACUGGAGUAUCCGCAGCUAGUACGGAAACUUGUGCUCGCAGGCACGCAAUCAGCGUAUACAACUGGAUUCGUGGCGCCAGACCCCAAUGUCAUGAUUAAGGCGAGUCAGCCAGAUCCAACGCUAGAUACUAUGCUCGAUCUCUUCUUCUACCCCUCUGAAACGAGUCGUGCGCUGGGCGCAGCAUGGUGGCACCGGCUCCUCGAGCGCCAUGUCGACGGUGAGCAACGCACGACGUUUGUCGAUGAAGCUGGGGCACAAGUGCAGAAUGCAGCGAUCGCAGCAUUUGUGAGUGACGCGGCGUUUUUCCAGCGGAUGGAGGAGUUGGACAUGGAGGUGCUGGUUACGAAUGGGAAAACGGAUAUUAUGACGCCGACACCGAAUAGCUGGCUUAUGCAGCAGAAGAUGAAGAAGGCGGAGCUGUAUAUUUUUAAGGAUUCCGGACAUGGGCAUUUGUAUCAGUUUCCAGAGAAGUAUGCGAGGUUGUUGGAUUUGUUUUUGGAAUAGAUUGUGGUCAGGAGGGCACUGUGGUGAAUCGAUGAGCACUCGGGUUGUUACAAA